AUGCUAGACCUGAACAAACAUCUGGAGGCUGAAUCCAACGGCCUAGAGAUUUCCGUCAUACAAUGGCUGACCAGAAUCGACUUCAGGAAAGAGGAAUUAUUACAACAAACUGCUCUGCUGACCACAUCUCAAGCCACCAACAGCCAGUCUGUCAGCAGUGGUGCCAGCAACUGUCAAGAAAUGUUAAUUAGCGCCAUGACUCCACAAGAACGCAACAUUCAGAGUCAGACGCCCACCUCUAAAAGUCAGAAUAACCAUCCACGACCGAGUGCCCGGAGUCAAGCUCUGCUCAACAUGCUUCCGCGAGAAAGUUCAACAGCCGGACCGAAUCAACCAGCUUCCAAUCAACAUGUGCUACAGACUGCAUCAGCACUAAUCUUCGAUGAAGCUGAAAUGGACUAUCAGCCAAUCAAUGUGCUGCUCGAUUCAGGAGCCCAAAGAAGCUUCGUGAGCGCAGACGAAGAGCCAACUAUGUUUGUCCACUCUCAGCUCUACGACGAAUGGGAGAGCUCCAAGAAACUUUCAACUCCUGAAGAAGUUGUAGUGACCUUGAAAAGUCUUCAUAGCUCCAAGAAGAUAAUAAGACAACCAGUUCACACCAAGGAGAAACUAACUGCACCGACCUGGACUGCAGAGCUGUCGCGCACUGAUAAGUGCUUCAUAAGUCAACGGAACCUCACAAUUGCUCAGCACACACUGGAAUCAACCGAGGUCACACCUGAUCUAAUAAUAGGACAAGAUAUACUAAACCAAUACGCAACGAUUUGUUAUGAUGCUCCAACGAUAAUCCUUCCAUCAGGACUCAUUCUAACGCCAACAAUAUUUGGCUACGAUUUCCUGGAACGAGCAGCAUCAGCGCCACAAGACCGAAUAACGGAGUCGUUGGAAUCUCUCACUUCGUUACUCUGA